AUGCCUUUCGAAACCAAGGCCACCAUCGCCAGCUGCGGCGGAAAGCUCCUGAAGCUUUCGCACGAGUCCAAGAGCACCAAGACGCCCAUGGAUGUGAACCUCUAUCUGCCGCCAGCUGCCAAGACCCAGAAGGUUCCCCUACUGAUCUACCUGUCUGGUUUGACUUGUACACCCCAGAACUGCACCGAAAAGGGCUUCUUCCAGCAGGCCGCCGCCAAGGCCGGCAUCGCGGUGCUGUACCCCGACACGUCGCCGCGCGGUGCCAACCUGCCGGGCGAGACGGACGCCUGGGACUUUGGCGCCGGCGCCGGCUUCUACAUCAACGCGACACAGGAGCCGUGGUCCGGCCACUACCACAUGGAGACGUACGUGCGGGACGAGCUGCCCGAGGCCAUCUUUGCAGAGUUUGGUGCGCAGCUCGACAGCAGCCGCGUCUCCAUCACCGGCCACAGCAUGGGCGGCCACGGCGCCCUGACCCUGUUCCUCAAGAACCCGGGCAAGUACAAGAGCGUCAGCGCCUUUGCGCCCAUUUCCAACCCCACCCAAUGCCCCUGGGGCGAAAAGGCCUUCUCGGGAUACCUGGGCACCGCCGACCGCGAGGGCUGGAAGGCCCACGACGCCACCGAGCUCAUCUCGGGCGCCUCGUGGAAGGGCCACGAGAUCCCCCUGCUGGUCGACGUCGGCACCGGCGACAACUUUUACAAGCAGGGCCAGCUCCUGCCCGAGAACUUGGAAAAGGCUGCCCGCGAUAAUGGCAUCACCGGCCUCACGGUCCGCUACCAGGAUGACUAUGAUCACUCGUACUUUUUCAUCUCGUCAUUUGCCGAGGACCAUGUCAAGCACGCUGCCAAGUACCUGCUAUAG